CGUCGUCGCCGCCGCCGCAGCCGUUGACACAACCGAAGCGAACCCUCACUCUGCCCACGACAGCCGCCCGCCCAGGUUACUGCAUACGAUCUAGACCCUCACAUCUUCUCUACUCUGCCCAACUGCAUAUCGCUAGUUUGUUAAACGUGUCGUCUGAUCUGCAAGGUGCGGCCUUUCAACGGUGGUUAAGGAAUUAAUCUCUCCGGGGCCGACUGCUUUGAAACGCACACAACUUCUUUCAACCUCUCUACUCGCUUGGCCUACUUGGCUGCUGGCUACUUGCCUGCUACUACCGUUCGACCAACUGCCAACUGCAUAAUCGCCCGAGACGAGUUGCAAGGUUGCCCAUAGGUCAUCCCUCUCUCCCUCUCGUCCCCUUGCCCCCGCCGCCCCUGGACAUCCAACCCACAAUUACACACCACACACACUACCUACUACUGCUAUUGCACUGCACCCAACCCCGACUACUUGCACCACCCACAACCCACCACCCACCACCCCACCUAACUUGCACUACUCGCCGUCAACACCCAUCAAGCGCUCCAACAAGUGCAUUAACUCGUAUCAAUCAACACUAUCACCAUCCUCCUCGCGUGCCUGCUUCUCUUCUCUGCACUCGACACGCAGACAUCGUCGCAUCCCUAAUCCGCAUUCCCCCUCAAGGUCCGACCGCCCCCAAUGGCCGCCGCAGAGGGCUCCACUGUGCCCCCGCUGGCAAUGCCUUCGCAGCAAUCUCAGCCAUCAGCUUCCACUGGCCCGUCGUCGGUCGCAACCUCCGUCUUGACCGAGGAUGAGGAGGACCUCGAAGACUAUCGCCCGGGUGGAUACCACCCAAUCAACAUUGGUGACGAGUUCAACAGCGGACGGUAUCUCAUUGUCAGAAAGCUUGGAUGGGGUCACUUCUCCACCGUUUGGCUGGCAAGGGAUAACAAUACUAGCCGUCACGUCGCCCUCAAGGUCGUCAAGUCGGACGGACACUACACUGAGACUGCACUCGACGAGAUUCAGCUGCUCAAGGCAGUCACCACGGCGUCCACGUCGCAUCCCGGCAGGUCACAUGUCGUCGGCCUUGUCGACGACUUUCGUCAUGACGGUCCCAACGGAUCUCAUGUGUGCAUGGUGUUCGAGGUCCUGGGCGAGAAUCUCCUCGGCCUGAUCAAGCGAUACCAACACAGAGGCGUGCCCACACACAUUGUGCGCCAGAUUGCGAAGCAGAUUCUCCUUGGUCUCGAUUACCUCCACACGGAAUGUCGCAUCAUCCACACAGACCUCAAGCCCGAAAACGUUCUGAUCUGCAUUGACGACGUCGAGUCGGUCGUCGCCGCAGAGCUUGCGUCAUGUCCUGCCGCCGUGCCAACCAAGCUCGUCGGCGUGCCCCCAAGUCAAGGAAGAAUGGGUAACCAGACUCCUCGAAAGGAGAGCAUGUUCAUCGUCGGUUCGCAGCCCCUGCCCAGUCCGAGCUCGAGCUAUUCCAGCAGCCCCAUGCUUGACAAGUAUGGUUUCGGCAUGAGCAAGAUCUCGGGCGCCCAGCUUGGUGGCAAGAGUGCACCAGCUGCCCCAGAAGCUUCUUCAUCGAACGCUACCGCGCAGAGGUCGGCGACUGCCGACGCAAUCGGAGAUGGACUAGGCAACGUUAAAUUGGGCGAGAGCGAUCUGACCUGGGAGAAGACCAAGCCACCAGCUGUCGUUCCAAAGCCAAAAGGGCCGUCGCUUUUGUCUCAGCAGAUGAAUCAGCCACCAGCCGAGGUUCCAGCAACAGCACCAGCUGCCGCGGCCGGCCCGUCAACAUCGACGACUGGUACCCCGGCGCACACCGUUAUCUCCACACCAGCCACGACCCCCGACGUUGCCAAGGGCGAUGGCAUUGCCGCCAAGGCCGGGGCUUCGCCGACAAAGCACAUUCCAAAGGGGUUGACCUCGCCUCAACAGCACCAUCUGAACAACCUGCAGGACAAUGAUGCCCACCUGAUCCCACCUGGAGAGCAGAUUGCCCCAGCCGCCGGCGACCCUACGACCCUUCCACCCCCUUUCCCCUAUGACCCCAAGAGCCUCGAGCGCAUCACUGUCAAGAUUGCCGACCUCGGCAACGCAUGUUGGGUCGACCACCACUUUACCAAUGACAUUCAGACCCGCCAGUACCGUUGCCCAGAGAUUAUCCUCGGUACACGGUGGGGCCCGAGUGUGGACAUUUGGAGUGCUGCGUGCUUGAUCUUCGAGUUGUUAACCGGCGACUACUUGUUCGACCCUCAGCCAGGAAACAAGUACGACAAGGACGACGAUCACAUCGCUCAGAUCAUGGAGCUGCUUGGCGAGAUGCCAAAGUCUCUGGCACUGUCUGGCAAGUACAGCCACGACAUGUUCAACCGCCGAGGCGAGCUUCGCCACAUAGUCCGUCUCCGAUUCUGGCCUAUGCUCUCGGUCCUCAAGGAGAAGUACCUCAUGGAGGCUGAGGAGGCCGAGCUCCUCACCUCGUUCCUCCUACCCAUGCUCCACUACUACCCCGACAGCCGCGCGACUGCCGCCGAACUGGUCAAGCACCCGUGGCUCGAGGGCGUUGUCGUCCAGGGCGACCUCGAGAUUGCUCAGCAGCUCCACGAGCGCGAGGUGGAGCGAUUGCGAAACCAGGAGAACAAUGGCAACGCACGACCACCAGUACCGCUCGAGGACAUUAUCAACCUCGGCCCGCCCGUCGCCGGCAUGGUCGGCAUGGGACGCAUCUGAGUCGUGUGCGCAGGCGCAGACGACCACCACCACCACCACCUAGACUACGACAACGACGAACGAUUUUGGGAGGAGCGGCAAGACGAGACGACAUGGGUAGUAGUAUCAACGACGACAGCAAUCAGUUGUGCAGUAGAUCCAUCGAAGAGGGACAGCAGCAGUAUCAACCGCAAGUGUGAAUGAUGACGACAUUGAGCAAGUAAAGCCGGCGGGUUGUACGAGGUCAUGGCGAGCUCGUCUGGUGCCUGCGCCUAUCCAAUAAUUCAGCAUGGUCCGCCGGUUCAGCAGCUUAUCUAUCUGGAGAGGGGUCAGCCGGGCCUGAUAAGAUGGCUCGGCGGAUGCCUCGGCAGCGACGCGCGGUGUUGCGGCUAUCAACGACACGACGCGACGUGAGACGCCAUUCCGCGCCAUUAGCACGACCGACCCAUCCAUCCCCAUCCCAUCCAUCCGCCACCAACACCACCACCACCACCACCC